AUGGAGCCAGGGGCCUGGGGCAACAGGACGACUGUCACGGAGUUCAUCCUCCUUGGCCUAACAGAGAACAUAAGACUGCAACCCAUCCUUUUUGCUGUCUUCCUCUUUGCCUAUGUAAUCACAGUCGGGGGCAACUUAAGCAACCUGGCCGCCAUCUUUGUGGAGCCCAAGCUCCACACUCCUAUGUACUACUUCCUGGGGACCCUGUCUCUGCUGGACAUCGGAUGCAUCACUGUCACUGUUCCUCCGAUGCUGGCGUGUCUCCUGACCCGCCAAUGCCAAGUUCCCUAUGCAGCCUGCAUCUCCCAGCUCUUCUUCUUCCACCUCCUGGCUGGUGUGGACUGUCACCUCUUGACAGCCAUGGCCUAUGACCGCUACCUGGCCAUCUGUCAGCCCCUCACCUACAGCACCCGCAUGAGCCCUGAAGUCCAGGGAGCCCUGGUGGGCAUCUGCUGCUCACUCUCCUUCAUCAAUGCUCUGACCCACACGGCAGCUGUGUCCACGCUGGACUUCUGCGGCCCCAACGUGGUCAACCACUUCUACUGCGACCUCCCGCCCCUCUUCCAGCUCUCCUGCUCCAGCACCCACCUCAACGGGCAGCUGCUUUUUGUGGGGGCCACUUUCAUGGGGGUGGUCCCCAUGAUUCUCAUCUCGGUGUCCUAUGCCCACGUCGCAGCUGCCGUCCUGCGGAUCCGCUCAGCGGAGGGCAGGAGGAAGGCCUUCUCCACGUGUGGCUCCCACCUCACCGUGGUCUGCAUUUUUUAUGGAACUGGCUUCUUCAGCUACAUGCGUCUGGGCUCAGUGUCAGCCUCAGAUAAGGACAAGGGCAUUGGGAUCCUUGAUACUAUCCUCAGCCCCAUGCUGAACCCAGUCAUCUAUAGCCUUAGGAACCCUGAUGUGCAGGGCGCCCUGAAGAGGGUGCUGGUGGGGAAGCAGCCCCCCGAGGGAGAAGGCAGGGCCGUCAAGACACCCUUCCCUCCUUGA